UUGGAGGUUAUGUAAAUAAUCUGUUUUGUUUGUUUGUCAACAAUUAGAUAAAUAUUAAACAAUGAACGAAAUAAAUAAUAAAAAUGUGUGUAGAACUUGCUUAGAUAACAACCCCAAUUUAGAUUUAUCCAUUUUAAAUAAGGAAUUGAACGUGAAUUACAUAAAUAUCAUAAGUUAUUGCACUUCUGUGGAAGUUUGCGUAGAAAAUUCACCAAAAAUAUGCCAGAAAUGCGAAAAUCUACUUGUAGGUUUUUACAAGUUCAAACUGAACGUUAUCGAAAUCGAUCGGAAGUUCAAGGAACAAUUAAAAAUCGUGCCGAAACUAGAGCCAGAAAUUGAAAUUCACGAGGACGAAAACGACGAUCGGAACGAUGAGGAUUUCGCCCCGGAAAAGCAUACAAAGUCAAAAAAUAAAAAACCGUGUCAGUGCGAAGUUUGCGGUAAAGUGUUGAGCUCCAAGAGCAACUUGCAGAUGCACAUGAAGAGCCACAGUGGUGAGAAACCUUUCAAGUGUGAAUAUUGUAGUAAAACCUUCACCAGGGCCAAACAUUUGGCUGUUCAUCGUAGAGUGCACACAGGUGAACGGCCGUACGAAUGUAAGUAUUGUCAAAAGCGUUUUGCGCAAAUUUCCACUCUACAGAAUCACGUGAGGAUUCACACGGGGGAAAAGCCGCACAUGUGCAGCGUUUGUGGGAAAGCCUUCACCCAAUACCAAACGCUAAACUAUCAUUUAAAAACGCACACGGGCGAGACUCCAUUCAAAUGCGAAGUUUGCCAAAAAGCCUUUGCUCAUCAAGGAAACUUGAACAUACACAUGAGGUUUCAUAAAAACGAACGGCCCUACGAAUGUAAAAUAUGCAACGGUAGAUUUUUCACGAGCAGCCACCUGAGUGUGCACAUGAAACACCAUUUGGGCGUGAAGGCGCACCAGUGCACGGUUUGUGGCAAGGCUUUUGUCAGGAGCGAAGGACUGAAGGACCACAUGGUCAUGCACACCGGCGAGAAACCGUUCGGAUGCAAACUGUGUCCCAAACGAUACACGCAGAGCAGCCAUUUGAAUAGGCACAUGAAAACGCACAAUAAAACUUAAAUUAUUUAUACCUAAUGUCCGAUUUCUAAUAGAUUCAAUAGAUUCAACACAUAGAAUUAUAUCAUAUAAGAAGUAUCUUUUUAUAUUUUUAUAAAUAAAUAUUUUAUACUUUGUA